AUGUCGCCGUCAACAGCCGCACCCGCACGAACGGGCAAGCAAAAGAAAAAGUUCGCAGAAGACUCGGGGAUUGCCCACCUGCUUUCCCUCUCACAGUCCAUCACCGACGCCAAGUCGCAACUCCACCAAACCCGGAUCGACACGACCAAAUCCAAGAUCCAAGCGCAAAAGCUCAAGAAGCAGCAAGAUGCGCAACGCAAAAAGGAAAGGAGUACCACCGAAGCAUCCAAUCAGCUCAAAGCCAAAAGCAAAGCAGAGAUCAAAGCCGGCUUGAAGGCGCAACAGCGGGAAAAGGCCAAGCUGCGAAAGGAGAAGAGGAAAGCUGAGAGUAAGAUCAAGGAGGAGGGAAAAGCCAAGGACGACAAGAAGCCCAGAAAGAGCGUCUCGUUUGCGCUUGCAUGA